AUGCAUUCAACUCUCCAAGCGGAACUACGGUUCUCGCAGAUCAUUUGUUCCAGUUGUCGACAUUGCGCCCGGCAACAAUCGCGCAACUCCCGCCGCCCCUUCAGCACAGCGCCUCGUCUUCGGACUUCUCAGAAACCGUCGACUAGUAUUGGCUCACUUGGUAGCCGCGGAGUCGGUGAUGAUUCAAAUAGCCAUGGAGCUACUCGGGUGGAGGUAGCAAGAGACAGUGGCCCUCUUGAAGAGGAGCCGACACCCACUCAUCAACAUCGACUCGGUCCUCAUGAAAAUCCCAUUGUUCAAACAGCGGACGAUGCUCGAGCGAAAGACUUCUACGGCUCGCCCGCGAAAAGAAGACUGCGGAAUCGUAUGAACAAGGAUGAAGAGACGGAAUAUCAAGCUCCGGAAUGGUUCAUGGACAGCAAUGUGACCAUCUUCGGGUCGGGCUCCCUUGCUCCCAGUACCCCCUCGAGAAUCAAAACGGUGGCCGCAGAUCUGCUUACCGGCGAGCCUCUUGAACAAAGCUCCUCCCCGGACUCUGGCGGUGCGCCUCCACAUGGCUCAGACGGCAAAGGAAGCGACCCUUCAAUCCACAACUCGCUUGGGAACACAACCGUGACAGAGGACAAAUUAGAGCAAGCAGAAACAUUACCUCCUACGAGACCUUCGUCGAUGUUGUCAAGGUACUAUGUCGUGGAUGAACAAUAUGAAGAGGUUAUGCGGACUGCAAGAGGUCUCAUGCAAGUGUCCCAAAACCAGAAUCCUCAAAAUGGCGCCGAGUCCUUUCGAGAUCAUCUUCACCUGCAAUACGCAGGCAAGGAUGGCGAUCUACUACUUGACCAUCUUGUGCAGGAUAUUGCACGCCAACUUGGCUGCGAUUUGAUGGUAGUGGAUGCUCAAGACAUUGCCGACCUAAUUCAUCGAAACCAUACAAAUCAAAGCACAGCCAAGGCCGGCCGUAUGCUCAGCUACGACGUGCUGUCAACCGCGUUUCCAGACCUCUCCGAACACAAUUCAUCGAAUGAGGCUCAGGAUGUGGAUGAAGACGAUGGAGAUAUCGAAGACAUGAUGGACGACAUGGAUUCCUCGCCUUCUUCUCCUCGGAUAGGAAUGCCCAUGUUCAUUGGAAGGCCUACUGCGAUCUUGAAGACUAUAAUCGGACAGAUCCCAGAACUUGGAGAUGGGAUGCGAUCAGAAGCGCCUCGAGGUACGCUGAGAAUGUGGCCAGACUUCACCGAUCCUCAAAAGCCACGGGACGAGCAUGGCGCCCUAUCCGGGCUCAUAUACAAAUUGCUAAAGGGCUUUUCGGAUCGGCGAACCGCGGCGGGGCCGUCAGGGAAAGAGCAUAUUAGCGAUUCAGAACGGCAACGGGAGGCUGCAGCAGAACGGAAUGGUGUCCCAAAGGGUGGCGCGAUUGUCCACGUCAGAGACUUCAAGGCCAUCCAGAGCCUUGGCAUGGGUCGCUCGUUUCUGAACAACCUUCACAGGCAACUGGCUCAGAAACGAAGCAAGGGCGAAUGCGUUCUGCUAAUCGGUACAGAUUCUGCUCGAGAAGAUCAAGAACCUUUUACCCGGGAACUUAUUAACGAGUCCCAAAGCGGCGUACAAGAUGGGAAGUCACAAAAUAUCGUCCUAACGCCGGUUUUGCCGAACACUUCAUCCAAGCUUGCACUUCUUCACGAUAGGAAGCAACGCAUUUCCACGGUCAACAUGAGACACCUCUGGGAGACCCUGAGAUAUUGGAAGCCAUCCAUCUUUGCUCAUUUAGAAUCAGGUUUCUGGCGGAGUGAUUUCUCGGACCGCAUCACCCGCAGUGACAGAUCAUGUUUGGAAGGACAGGUGUGGAAUCACCAAUAUGUGCAACGGCUGGCAACCUAUAUCGCAGGAGCCGUUUCGUCAAAUCAGGACGGUGAAACCGAUACUUCUACGACCACAGAGCAACCGCAGCCCAUCAUUAGCGCCGCAACAUCGCAUUUGAACCACAGUGACAAGACUAAGAUCCGGUGGGCGGAGAAGCAGUUGAAAGAAGCAAAGAAGGAAGUUCCAGAACGCCAUAUGAGCAAGGACGACCGACUCGCCAGAAUACGUGCGUCGGCUUCCAAAUACGAGAAACGAUUGAUGGGAGGCAUCGUUGAGGCAAAGAACAUCAACACAACCUUUAACGACGUGCACAUGCCAGUUGAGACCAUUGAUACCCUUCAAACAUUGACCACUUUGUCACUCAUUCGACCCGAAGCUUUCAAAUAUGGUGUCCUCGCUUCCGACAAGAUUCCAGGUCUCCUUCUUUAUGGCCCACCAGGCACAGGUAAAACACUGGCCGCCAAAGCGGUCGCCAAAGAAUCUGGUGCGACUAUGCUCGAGGUCAGCGCGGCAGACAUCAAUGAUAUGUAUGUGGGCGAAGGAGAGAAGAAUGUGAAAGCACUUUUCAGCCUGGCCAGGAAGCUAUCACCCUGCGUUGUCUUUCUGGACGAGGCAGAUGCUAUGUUCAGCGCGAGGAGCAAUCAAGGUCGGCGGGUCAGUCAUCGCGAGCUCCUCAACCAGUUUCUGAAGGAGUGGGACGGGAUGAGCAACGACUCGGGCAGCGCAUUCAUUAUGGUUGCGACAAAUCGGCCCAUGGAUCUUGACGAUGCUGUCCUUCGCCGGUUGCCGCGUCGCUUGCUCGUCGAUCUUCCCAGGGAGCCUGAUAGGUUGGAGAUCCUCAAAAUUCACCUGCGCAACGAGAACCUCGGCGAGGAUGUCGACUUACAAGAUCUUGCCAAAAAGACGCCCUUCUACUCCGGCUCCGACCUGAAGAAUGUCGCUGUUGCAGCGGCAUUGAACUGUGUCAAGGAGGAGAACGAACUGGCCAAACAACACAAAGGGGAGGAGCCAUAUCAACACCCCGAGCGACGUACGCUCACAAAGAAACACUUCGAUCAGGCACUGGACGAGAUUUCGGCCAGCAUUUCGGAAGAUAUGUCAAGCUUGAGGGACAUUAAGAAGUUUGACGAGCAGUUUGGAGACAAGCGCGGAAAGAAGAAGAAGGCACCUAGAUUAGGAUUCCCGACAGAGAAGGAGCAUGAGAAGGCUAGAGAUACGGUCAAGGUGCGGGACUGA